GCGAGAGCAUUUACAUUCAUUUCAGUUCCACAUCUUAAACUUUAGCCAUGUUGUGAUAGUGAAGCCAUAAGUGUCAAGUAGUUUAGGAAUUUACUCGUUUUGGACUUUUUCAUUCCUUUCUGGCACGUUUCAAUUAAAAAUUCAAAGCAUGAAUAAUAGAAACGUCUUGAAAAUCGGAUUUAUUGGAGCUGGAAAAAUGGCUUAUGCAUUAGCUAAUGGAUGGCUUUCAACAGGAUUGCUGAAAAGUCGGUAUCUAAUUGCGAGUGCACAUCCAUCAGAUGAGGUCUCAUUGAAAUUAUUUAAAAGUUUGGGUGCAGAAGCUGUUACAGAGAAUCGAUCUGUUGUUGAAAAGUCACAAAUUAUUUUUAUAUCUGUGAAGCCUGCUGUCGUUAAACAUGUACUUGAUGACGUCAAGAAUAUUAGCAAUGGAAAACUUUUCGUGUCAAUUGCAAUGGGUGUAACUCUAAAUGAGAUUGAAGAAAUUUUGCCAAGUGACUCGAGAGUCAUUCGUGUAAUGCCAAAUACUCCGGCUAUUGUUCAAGCUGCUUGUUCUUGUUUUGUUAAAGGAAAAACUGCUACUCAUAACGAUGCAGAACUGAUAAGAGAAUUAUUCGAAAAAAUUGGGACUUGUGAGGAAGUAUCAGAAAAUAUGAUAGAUGCUAUCACUGCUCUUUCAGGAAGUGGACCUGCUUAUGUUUUUGUGAUGAUUGAAGCACUAGCUGAUGGUGGAGUAAAAAUGGGACUUCCAAGAGAUUUAGCUUAUAAAUUGGCGACACAAACCGUUUUGGGAUCUGCCAAGUUAGUCAAAGAUACAAACACACAUCCAGCGAUUUUAAAAGAUAAUGUAACAUCUCCAUCGGGUUCAACUGCCUCUGGCCUCCAUCAUUUAGAAAAAAAUAAUUUUCGUGGUGCACUUAUUGGAUGUGUUGAAGCUGCAACGCUCAGAUGCAGAGAAAUUUCAAGUAAAACGAAAUGAUUUUAAAUUUAAUAAUUGAAUAAUUUUUUAUUGCUUGCGUCAAUA